AAGCUUGUAAUUUAAAGUCGAUUAGCUUCACCACUAAGAUAACACUGCCCUUCAGAAGGCAUGGCGCUGUCGUGUCUACCUCAAGGUGGUUCUCCUUAGUACUUCCUAAUCAAAAACAGAAAGGCCUGAACAAUGCAUUGACCAGUCCACUAUUACUGAACAACAUGUGAACGAGACAAUGAUAAAACAUGCUGCCAGUGCUGCAAGUACUCGGAAAUAAGCACUCUCUGUAUUAUGAAUACACGAUCCAGUCCAGACACUCCAAAAAUGACAUCUUUGACUUCACUGCAAUGACUGUUCUAGAUGGAAGACAGAUCGACUCCUACAGAAUCAGGACUCCCAAACAGGACUGGUGGAAGAAGCUUCCACAGAGAGGCCUGCAGACAGGCACUGAUGAACUACAGGAGUAUGGACAUUGGUUAAAUGACCAUCUCCAUUCAAUUAUUAAGGAAUUGGGACAGAAGAAGUCAGGUGAGAAAAUUUGCAUUAAUAAAUAUGGCUAUUAUGGAGUAGAUCUCAUCUCUUAUGACUGGAUCUCCAAAGAGUGGAAGGCCUCAGUUAAGCAGGUCCAGCACACAGCAGAGAGGUGGAAUUCUGAACAUGGACAAAACAUUGUUCUUGUGCGAUGUGUGGAGUGGAUGAAGAUUUAUUUGAACUACAGUAAUACUGAGAUCAGUCAAACUCCACCAGUUGUUUAUGCAUUUGUGAAGAAAUUUGUGGAUGACCCAAUCAAACUGACCCUGAUCUGCCUGGCCACUGGCUUCUACCCUAAAGAUGUGAUGAUGAGUGUGCGGAAGACAGUCACCCUGCCUGAAGAGCUGAUAAUGUCCUCAGGAGUCAGACCCAAUGAUGACACCUACCAGCUGAGGAAGAGUGUGGACAUCCUGGAGAAUGAUGAUGCAGAUUAUGACUGUUAUGUGACUCACAGUAGUCUCAAAGGACCAGUAAUUAAUAUUUGGGAUGGUAAAUGUAGUAACUGUUCCAACAUUCUGGUUGGUGUGACGAGAGGAGGACUGGUGGGUGGUGCUGCUUGUGGUUACCGAAGGAGAAGAGAAGGCAGGGACAGAAAUGGACAAACAAAUACGACCAGCAAUGGAUGUGUGACUUGUACUACAGCUCCUCCUACAGUGAAGCAUCAGUAAUGGAGGGAUGUCCCAGAUGGCAAGUGGUUCUCCACCCACACUGUGAUCUCUGGUGUUACAGCCACAGAUGUGUGAGUGUCUGCUACAGAUGUGGGAGUGUUUGUGCUACAGCCACAUCCUCCUCCAGCCCUCCAUCUGUUCAUCCACGUUCAUCUUAGUUUUUUGGAUUCACAUGGGGACGGUUAUUGCUGCUAAACAUCUUAUGGAAUGCAUGUCCAGCACCUCUUUAGUUUCUUCUUGCAUUUCAAUAAGUUUACAUAAUUACUGAAGGUUAAGAGAAGUGAAUAAGGUUGAGAGUUGGCAUAAAGACCCUCCAAAUUCCUUCCUCUCUUUCAGUGCAAGCUGCUCACAAUGCGUCUGCCUGCAUGUGUGGUUUGUUUUUGUUUUUUUUAAACCUCAAUUUUUAAUGUUGAAUAUUUUUAAAUAAAAAUG